AGACAAUCUGUAUAUAGUACAGGCAAACAAAGCGAUAAUAACCGGGUAUAUUACUUAAAUGAAGGCAAUUGAAUUAGUUCGCAUUAAGUAAUUGAAAAGAAGCUAGUAAGAUUAUCAAACCGCUUAAGCGCAGCACAAUCAUUAACAAUCAGUUAGUUUUAGUUCCAUAUAAGCACAAUGGCAGAAGAAAACUUAAGGGAAUUUAUCAGAGAAAUAUUCAAAGAUUAUGAAGUAACCAAAGAAUCUAUAACAUCGUUAACCAAACCAGGUGACAAUUUUUUAAGUAUUAUGUUAAAAGUUGAGGUGAUACUAAAAAAGCGUGAUGAUGGGUCCGAAAAGAAGUUGAAUGCUGUAGCUAAAUGUGUCAAAAACUCUAAUGAUUUCGUCAAAAGUUUAUUCCCUACUGCUUUCAAGAAUGAAAUAAUAUUUUACAAAGAAAUAGUUCCAGUGCUACAAAAUUUUCAGCAGGAGAGAGGGAUUGAAGAUGUUCUUGAUAUGUUUCCUGAGUUCUAUGGCGCUAGAAUUAAUAAUAAUGGAAGUGAUGAAGUCGAUGAUACUGCUGUCGUUCUCUUAGAAGACUUAAAAUUCGAUGGCUACAUAAAUGUUGAUCGUCACGAGGGUUUCAAUUUGGCAGAAGCAAAAAUAAUCUUAAAAGAUAUAUGCAGACUACAUGCCACCGCUUUGGGUUUAAAAUUUAGUCAGACAGAGUUAUUUGACGAAAAAAUUAGAAAAAAUUGUAAAAAGGCCAUACCAUUACCUAAACCGUCAGAUAAAGAGAGGUAUAGACAGCCCUUGGAGGUGUUCUUUAAUAUUUUGGCAGAUUACGAAGAAUGCAGACCGUACAUUUCAAAUCUUAAAAUUCAGUUUGACAACAUGAGAGGAGCAAUCAAUGACUUUUUUGAUAAACCUGCGAGAGAACCAUUUGCUACCUUAGUACAUUGUGAUCUUUGGGUUAAUAACACCAUGCAACUAUUUCAGGGUGGAAAAAUAAAGAAAAACAAAUUUGUUGACUUCCAACUAUAUUAUUAUCAAUCACCAGUAAGCGACGUAUUGUUUUUCCUUUGGUCUAGUGUACAUUUAGACGUCCUAAAGCAAAACUUUGACGAACUUCUCACCUACUACCACACAGAAUUUACCGACCAAUUGAGAAGGCUCAAUUGUAACACCAAUUUAUUUGAUAUCGACAAAUUUUGGGAGGAACUUGACGCUGUAGCUCCUACUAAUUUCAUAGAUAUCAUGUACAUGACAAUGUUUGUGGUGUUUGGUAAGAAGGAUAGGGGUGAUGAUGAAUUAGAGACUGAUGGAAUAAAGGGAGUUCUUAAAGAAGAUGUUCCAAAGGCUGCAAGAGACAAGAUUGCUUUUAUGGUGAAUGAAUAUGGAAGACGAAAGUGGAUAGAAAAGAGUGACUAAAAGAUUUGUGUAUUAAUAUUAGUUGCAUAGUUGUAUAUUAUACAGCGCGCUGGAAUAAGUGUUACCCCUCCCUAUUAACUUACUUAUUUUUAGCACAUAAGCAAAACGCUUGGACAGGUCGAUUUUUAAAACAAUUCUAGUAUAUUUUGGCAUCAACGUUUCGAACUUUACGGGAUCCCUCUUCAGGUGACAGACAUAACUUUGAUUUUUUUAA